CACCUAGCGUCGAAAUGCUCGCGCCGAGGGAGGGGACAAAAGAGCGAUACUGGACUCUCAUUGGUUGAGCUGUUUGAUGGUUGCGCAAGGGAGCCAGUAAGAGGUCGCGCGCGGCCGUUCUGAGGCGGCAAGAGCGAAGCCGGUUGAAGUGAGGGCGACAGUUCGUGGAGUGCGAGCUGUUGAAUAUAGACGGCUCAAGAACAGACAAAACUGCAAAUAACAAAAUGGAAAAGGGAAAGAAAAAAACGAAGCCUCUCACGUCAAGAAAGGAAAAGAUGGAGAAGAAGAAACCGAAGCUUCUCAUGUCAGAGAAGGAGCAACAGGCGCAUGAACCGAAGAUGAAAAAGCAAAAAUUGGAGAUGAGCAAGCAAAAAAAGAAUCAGGAAGAGGAAGAAACUGAAGAAGAGCUUUCCCCAGAGGAGAAGAGGACACUGGAAAGAAAGAUGAAAAAAGAGCGCAAGAAGGAAGAAAGGAAAUUAAUGCGAGAAGCAGGAAUCAUCACUAAGAAAGAAGUACCUAAGAAACCGUCAGGUUUGGAGUUGGCAUUGAACUACCUAACUAACUGGUCUGAGAGCCCCAGAGAAUGGAAGUUUCAAAAGACAAGGCAAACGUGGCUUCUGUUACACAUGUAUGAUAAAGAAAAGGUUCCUGAUAGCUAUUUUUCCAUUUUGCUGCGGUACCUUGAAGGCCUCCAAGGCAAUGCGCGAGAGACGACCGUGCAGAAAGCAGAAGCCUUGAUGAAGGAAUAUGACAAGUCCGAAACAGAAGAUGCUAGCCUUUUGGAGAAAUGUGAGCGCAUUCGGAAAGUUCUACAGCUGUUGUCCUGAAGUCACCAGAUCUUGUCAGGCUUCCCUAGAUCCAUACAUCUGCAUCAUGAUAUGAGACCAGAGCCUUUGCAGGGCUCCUUUGAAAGUCAGACACAACAUUCAGCUUUAAUCAAAACGAUGCUUUUAAUCUCCAGCCUCCUGGUUUUUGAGCAAAUCUCUUCCAAGGUUUGAAAGGUGUUGAAAAUAAUUGUGAAAUAGAGUGGGUCAGUCAGUAUUGAAACCAAUUACACUUGGACUCAAACCUCUUAUUUUAGGAAUCUGUUUCUUUUAGCCUUUUCCAGUGUAUUUUUAUUAGGAUUUUCAUCUGUUCAUUGCAAAAAAACAAAAACAAAAUAAAAACUCAAUAGUUUUAAACCAAA